GCUGGUGUAUUUGGGCUGAUUUUUAUUUUGGACGUAGUUAUAAUUCUAGUCAAUCUGUGACAUCUGAGACAAAAAUGUUAGGGAUGUAUUCUUUGGUAGUGAGUGGAUGUGUUUCCGAAAGUAGACAUCGAGUGGAAAAAUUUACGGGAACACAUCCAAAAAAUAAAGAACCAACUAUUAUAUUCUAUGUCAUUCGAAAGAGAAUUUUUCCAACCGGCGAUAAGUCUUUUCCUACGGAAAUUAAUGGUUUACGCACAUAUAUACGUGAAGGGUUUUAUGAACCAACUGUUAUGUCAAAUGUUGAUUGCUGUGAAUAUAAGUAUGUUGUUUCUACUGGUUGUAGCAUUGGAGUUGGCAAAAAUCGAAUAGGAACUUUGGGUGCCUUUGUACAAGACUCUAACAAAUGCAUUUAUCUAUUGUCAAAUAAUCAUGUCACUCGUUCGAAGCGCAAUUCUAAUAAUCAAAUCUUAAUCGAUCAACCAGCUUGGGCAAGGAAUAAAAACUUGAAAGUAUCGAAAGAUAUUGGAAAAGAAUUCAAAUAUGAAAUUGAAGGAAUGGCGAUCAUUGUUGAAUGA